CACUUAAUUCUCUCAAAAAGCCCGGCCCAACCCAAAAUCUUCUUCUCUUCCUCUAUGAAUAUAACCUAGGGUUUAACCUUUUCCAUCUCUCCUCUUAAGCUCUACGUCUCUGCGGCCGGCGGCAAUCUCCUCUGCCCUCUGGAACCUUCUGUUUCGACAACAUGGCUAGAGGUUUGAAGAAACACUUAAAGAGGCUUAAUGCUCCCAAGCAUUGGAUGCUCGACAAACUUGGUGGUGCAUUUGCUCCCAAACCUUCAUCGGGACCUCAUAAAUCAAGAGAAUGUCUCCCAUUAAUCCUUAUAUUGCGAAACCGGUUGAAAUAUGCUCUUACAUACCGUGAGGUUAUUGCAAUUUUGAUGCAACGCCAUGUUUUAGUUGAUGCCAAGGUCAGGACUGAUAAGACCUAUCCGGCUGGCUUCAUGGAUGUUGUGUCCAUUCCCAAAACAAGCGAGAAUUUCCGGCUUCUAUACGACACAAAAGGUCGUUUCCGUCUUCACUCAAUCAGGGAUGAAGAGGCUAAGUUCAAGCUCUGUAAGGUUCGCUCAGUGCAAUUUGGGCAGAAGGGAAUCCCUUAUCUUAACACUUACGAUGGGCGUACAAUUCGUUACCCCGACCCCCUCAUCAAAGCAAACGACACCAUCAAGUUAGACCUUGAGUCAAACAAAAUUGCUGAUUUCAUCAAGUUCGAUGUAGGAAAUGUUGUGAUGGUGACAGGAGGGAGAAACAGAGGGCGAGUGGGAGUAAUUAAGAACAGAGAGAAGCACAAGGGAAGCUUUGAGACAAUUCACAUACAGGAUGCAACUGGGCAUGAAUUUGCCACUCGACUUGGCAAUGUGUUUACAAUUGGGAAGGGGACGAAGCCAUGGGUGUCCCUCCCCAAGGGGAAGGGUAUCAAACUAACCAUCAUUGAAGAAGCCAGGAAGAGGCUUGCUAGCCAAGCAGCAGUUACUGCUUAAGAGUUUUGAGUUAAUACUAAAUUGUAGUCAUGAGUAAUCCUUUUUGAUAGACAAAUAUCUUUCUCGAAUUUUGCUCUCUUAUUAUUUAUGGCUAAGUUUGUCUUGUGAGACAAUUUAUUUGUGCCAUAGAUUUUGAGGAGGCCAUUUGCUUCUGUGAUUUUGCUGUUAAAGAGAACGCUGUUAGCUUAUUUGUUAGUUAUGUUGUGACUCUGCUCUAUAGCCUCAAUUAUUAUCUAUAGUAAAAUUUCUUCGAAGAA